AUUUUAUAUGAAGGAUUUACUUUAUGUGGUUAAUUUAAGAUUAAAAAUAAUAUGUAUCUGUAAUUCGUGGCAUUACCGUCCUUUAAAAACACUAAUAGAUCUUGAUCAGAUUUAAGUAAGAAAAGCUGAAACAUGAAUAGGCUGGCAAGUUGUGUUUUCCUUCUCAUUGGAACAACUUUUUCAGAUACCAUUUUAACCAAGGCAUAUGAAGAUAUCCAUGAAGUAAAAUGCCGUAAUUAUAAAGACAUCCUUCCAAACGGAGCUUGUAUGAAGUAUUUGAGCAAAUACAAAAUCUAUCAAUCAAUUAGCCGUAGUAAAUCAGAGAAUAAGGAUUUAGAACAACUUGUAAUAUUCAGGUUUGUAGUAAAAAAUCCAACCAAACCGUACUUCAGAAGAUUAUUGGGUCUUUAUUACGAGUAUGCGAGUUUAAGCCCUUGUAGUAAUGUUCAAGCUUUCAAUCGGUUGUUUGAUGCGUUUGGAGUUUAUGUAAAAACAUUGAUUACGAAACAUUGGGAUUGUGUUGAGAUUAUCAUACAACUUUUAUGUUUCGUAAGGCAUCCUACAUGUCUGCAAUCAGUUAUUGAUAACAAGACUAUCAUCUCGCCACCCUGCCUACGAAAUUGCAAAAACAACAAAUGCUUUAUAUUGAUGUUGGAGAUUUUAGAAAAACUUCAAUCUUUUCAUGAAAUAUGUCCGCGCAAAGCAAGCGAUCAAAGUUUUUACAUCAACAUGACUCAGUGUUUUCCUUUGCCACACGAAGAUAUGAAUAAUAUUGAACGUUGUCAACUACUACGAUUCACACAAGGAAAAAGAAACUUUACUACGAAUUGCUUUCAAGACAAUGGAGGCUCGUACAACGGAUCUGUCAACGUCACUAUAACAGGAAAGACAUGUAUGCCUUGGAGUAUUAAUCCGUUUUUAUCUUCUCCAGUAUACAGUGAUUUACAAAGCAACUUUUGUAGAAAUCCUCAAGGAUAUGCAAGAGCACCUUGGUGUUAUGUAAAUGAAACUUCUCGUCAUUGGGAAUAUUGUAACAUUCCUGAAUGUGUUUUGGAGCAACCUUCCAAGAAGUUGAAUUUGAAAUAUCAAGUCUUUCUUUAUAUAUUGGUCCCAGCAUUUAUAUUUGUGAUACUUCCUUUCUUAUGGCAAAGGUUCUACCAUCGAAUACACAAUAACGAAGAUGUAGGUGAGCAAUGUCCGUAUUCUACUUGCGACAUAGAACAUCCAGGAAAAACAACAGAGUUAAUUGUACAGUUUCAAGAAUCGUACCUAUAGCACCGCUGGACUGUGGUUGAGCAUUUUAACCACUAUAAACGUCUUUAAUUCUAACGUUAGGUACCUACAAAAUUAGUAUGAAAAAACACUCUUUGGUAUGGAGGUAAAUUGUAUGUAUUGUAUAUAUUUUUGUUAGAAUUAGAGGUAAAAAAUAAGCCCUUUCAUGGAGAAUGUUUAUACAUGUUGUUUUUCUUAAUUUUUCUUUAUUUUCUUACUCGUUGUGUUAUUGGAGCGUCAUUGUUUUGUCAUGCAUGUGUAUUUAAUUAUACAACAUCUCAAGCACCUUUCUGUGACGUAAUCAACACCUUAAAAUACAUGCAAAAACACACAUGACUGUAUUUGUUACCUAAGUAAGAGGAUGGCAUUGAUAUUUUUAACAAUAACACAACGCGACUGUUUUAAACCAUCGUCAUUGCAGAAAAAUUACCCGUUACCAUAACAACUGUUUUUAAAUUUCCUUGCGACAGUACUUUUAUAACUAGAGAUUGUUCAGGCACACUCAAUGAAUUAACAGGUACGCAUAAAUAACUGUCAGGAGGUAUAAAGAAUUGUCAGGGGGGUAUAAAGAAUUGUCAGGUGGGCAUAAAGUAUUUUCAGGUAGGUAUAAAGAAUUGUCAGGUGGGUUUAAAGAAUUGCCAGGUGGAUUUAAAGAAUUGUCAGGUGGGUAUAAAGAAUUGUCAGGUGGGUUUAAAGACUUGCCAGGUGGUUUUAAAGAAUUGUCAGGUGGGUAUAAAGAAUUGUCAGGUGGGUUUAAAGAAUUGUCAGGUGGGUUUAAAGAAUUGUCAGGUGGGUAUAAAGAAUUGUCAGGUGGGUUUAAAGAGUUGUCAGGUGGGCUUAAAGAAUUCUUAGGUGGGUUUAAAGAAUUGUCAGGUGGGUUUAAAGAAUGGUCAGGUGGACAUAGAUCAUUGUGAGACGGCGUAAAGAAAUAUGUAAUACACCAGUUGGUGCAAAGUAAUCAUCGUUGACGGCCCUUAGUGUCAAAUGGUAAUUAUAAAUUAUUUGGGAAUAAACAUACAAUCAGCUAAAUAACGGCGUAAAAUAGAUAACGCUUAGAUAGAUUAUUACUUCCAGGAAAUUAAGUAUUUUUAACAAUAAAAAUUUAAAACAUAAAGUAUUUCAAAAAUUAUAUUAUUACGAAGUGGCCUUAAAAUAUUAUUGUAAAUAGAGCGUGGUGGUGAUGAAAUACGUUUUACCUUUCUGAAUUGAGAUUUUUUUUAAAUCCUGGGGGAAGGGUGGAUUUACCCAGCUUAAGUAACAUUCGAAAGGCGUACACUUGGAAUGUAGUACAGCAUAAAAAAUAAGAAAAAUUAUUGGCUUGCAUACAGAAUCCAUUAAUUCACAGAGGUGGGAAUAAUAAAGCCAGUCUUUAUAAAUCUCAAAAAUGUAAUAAAACAUCAGGGCAACAAUUGAAGCGUUUAGGGAAUCUCACUUUGAAUCAAUGAGCUCUGGACUUCAGUUUGUACUCAAGUAGACGAUUUUUGAAACAAUGGAUUAACUUAAUAAUUUGCUAAUGGUUAAUUCUUUGGUUAAUUCUUGCAACGCAUCUAGAAUUAUUGUGAAGACUAACUUCCUUGGAUCUGGCUUCAUAUUUUCCGCCUCUGUGAAUUGAGUCAGUCCGUUCGCAAGCCAUUUAAUGAAAUACUCUGUGAAACACUAAACGGUUACCCUAACUUACCCACAUCCAGUAGUGCUAAUCAUCCUUUCCGGAUCUUUGGUGAACAGGAUUAUUUUCAAUCAUGUCCACCCUACAGAAGUUUUAUUAGCUAUAAUACUAUCCGUGAAGAACUUCUGUGAGUCUAAAUUAAACAAACUAGGAUCGCAUACGACACAACUUUGUUGUGUGGGACAGAUGGAUUCCUUGGCACAGUUCCUGUUCUCCUUUUAAAAAACAACCAGGUUAUUGUAUUUCGUUUUAAGCAUCCGUCUAGUUUAAGACAGUCACAUGUAGUAAAAAUAACAAAAUAUCGCAAACAUUAUUAUCACUAAUUAAAAGCCUGUACUAGCAACAAAGGUGACUUUGUCAUGGAAUUGUCAUUCAAAUAGAUUAUCUUGAAACACACGCGGUAGCAAUUGUGAUCAUCGUUCGAAUAUCUAAGCCAAUACUUUUACCUUCAAUUCUUUAUUAUAAAUUUUGUGAUCUGCACCAUAAGUUAGGUAACGUGCUGUUUUCGUUUUUAGGCAAUGUUGUGUUUCUAUU